GACUAUCCAUUGCCUGCCUUGGCAGGUGUAAUUCUCGUUCACUUUGAUUCGGUGUUUCGUGUUUUGUGGUAGUGUCAAGCCUGGAGAAGAGAAAAAUCAAUUGGUGGACUUAUGACACACGGAUUUUAAAAUAUACAAAUUAUGAGAUUGAUACCAUGGAUCCUGUUGGGGUUGAUAUCGUGGACGUCGGCUCAAGGGGAGUUACCCACCCCCGAAGACAAACCAAAUGAAGCUAAACUGAUGUCCAAGAUAACAGUAGGCAAUGCUCCCAUUGAACAAAGAAAUUAUCAAGUGGCACCCUCGCCCUAUAAUUUACCGGAACAAAGCGAACCCUACAACAUUGCCUUCGAGUAUCACAAUUACGAUCAAAUGACGAGAUUUCUCAGAGCAACGACGUCCAAAUAUCCCUCUUUAACAGCUUUGUACUCAAUUGGAAAGUCAGUACAAGGGAGAGACUUGUGGGUGAUGGUAGUUUCGGCUUCUCCAUAUGAACAUAUGAUUGGGAAGCCUGAUGUUAAGUAUGUUGCAAAUAUGCAUGGAAACGAAGCUGUCAGCAGAGAACUUAUGCUACAUCUCAUACAUCACCUGGUAACCAAUUACCACACCGAUCCUUACAUUCGCUGGUUGAUGGAUAACACAAGAAUCCACAUCAUGCCUUCAAUGAACCCUGACGGUUUUGAAGUUGCCAAAGAAGGCGCUUGCGACGGUGGUCAAGGCCGUUACAACGCUCGUGGUUUUGACUUGAACCGAAAUUUCCCAGAUUACUUCAAACAAAACAAUAAAAGAACGCAACCAGAAACAGAAGCGGUUAAGGAAUGGGUUUCAAAAAUCCAAUUCGUCCUAUCGGGAAGUUUACACGGAGGUGCUUUAGUCGCUAGUUAUCCAUUCGAUAACACUCCGAACUCACUGUUUCAGAGCUACGCAUCCUCACCAUCUUUGACACCAGAUGAUGACGUUUUCAAACAUUUGGCUUUGACCUAUUCUACUAAUCAUGCGAAGAUGAGUCGUGGAGUCGCUUGCAGGUCGUCACAGCAGGGAUUCAGAAGGGGAAUUACAAAUGGCGCCGAGUGGUACCCCCUAACCGGAGGAAUGCAAGACUUCAACUACGUCUGGUACGGUUGCAUGGAAGUCACUCUAGAAGUAUCUUGUUGCAAAUAUCCCCCAGCAAACGAACUACCAAAAUAUUGGGAAGACAAUCGCAUGUCGUUGAUUAAAUUCCUUGCCGAAGCCCAUCGUGGUGUCCAUGGGUUUGUUAUGGACGAAAAUGGUAAUCCUGUCGAAAAAGCCUCGCUCAAAAUAAAAAGCCGCGAUGUGGGCUUCCAGUCCACAAAAUAUGGCGAAUUUUGGAGGAUCUUAAUGCCGGGAGUGUACAAACUCGAGGUUUACGCUGAUGGUUAUGUCCCCCGAGAGGUGGACGUCAUGGUUGUGGAACAACACCCAACUCUUGUGAACGUGACUUUGCACACAGCUAAGAGAAAGGAUGGAAAUUUUUAUCGCCCACAACAACAGCCGCCCUUUUACCACCGACAGCCAGUUCAUCAACAUCCUCAACAGCCGGGUUUCAUAUCUUCCAUAACUAGUGGAUUUAAUAAUUUGGUUAGUUUCUUCGGAUAAGUUAACGUAUUUGAUACGUUUUAAUUUUUGCAUUAUUUAUUUUGUAUUUAUGAGUAAGUUUCCUAAGUCUCAGGUUGCUCAAGGAGCUUUCACAAACUUAUUUUAAGAAGAAAGGCCUUGAUUUACGAUUUUCUGUUCAAAAUCUACUGUUAAGUAUAUUUUAUCAAACGUUGUUGACUUCCCUUGUUAUAGACUGUUAAUAAUGUUAAGAAAUAAAGUAAUACACUAUCUAA